AUUUAAUACACUGUGAAAAGAAUAUGAGUGCAAGGAAUGGCUAACAUUCAAGAAAACAUCUGUGCAUUAUGUGAUACAGUACUUGAUUUAGACAUUGUGAUGGACCAUACCUGUUACAGUGGUUACAAUCACAUUCAUGUUGACGACGCAGGUUAUGUGUAUCCAAGGCUUGAUAAUGGUGACAUUAUCGACCAAAUGAAUGAGAAUCCGGAUGAAACAAUGACAGAAGUUCUUCGCAAUGAAAUGUUGAUCGGCGAAAUCCAAAAGCGGGAACCUUCAUGGAAUUUUAAAAUUCCUGUUGUUGAAAGGGGUAGAAAUACUGUUCAGAAGCUGUGGGAAGAAGUAGUGUCUACUAUGAACGGUCAUGUCAAGGAUGUCAACGAGGCGAAAAACAUAUGGAAGAAAAUGCGCUACAAUUAUAGCCGAAUCGUAGCACGGGAGAAUAAUGCAAAAAAAAGCGGUUCGGCUGGCAGUGAUAUGAAAAAAAAUAAAUGGCCGUAUUAUGAGAUUAUGCUUUUAUUAAAGAUCUAUUCGUUAACAAUCGAAAAACAAGUUCCAACAUAUCAACACCAAAUGAAUCGGAUGCAUCGACCAGUACGUGUUCAUCAUUAGAGAGAAAAAAAAAAGAAAUAUCACUCAUCAAUGGACUCU